AUGUCCCAAGGCACGGCCAAGAGACCUCCGGAAUCGACAGACUUGUUGCCUAGAGGCAAGCAGGUCCCUUCACAUAUCCUUGCUCAAUUGGAUGAGCGUUUCAAGUACCUCACCGACACCAUUCUCCCUCCACAUCCCUACCUACUUUCUGUUCCCUCCGACGUGCCCUACCGUCACAGCUCGCGCUUCGUCAAUACGUGGUACGAGGGCACCCCGUUCGACCGUAAAGAAGAACAGCUCCAAUAUCUCAGCUUCCUUCCGCAUUCGGGUGAACACGAGGCUUUGUUGAAAGUCGAGGGCGGGUGGGCAGACGACCACGGGAAUCCCGUUGUUGAAGAAGAACUUUCUCCCAAGGCUUUGCCAGCGAGUGGUCGCCAUACCCCAGCAGACACAGUCAAUCGCAAGAAGAUCAGCCUGAAGGACUAUAAGACAAAGGCCAGAAGUCCACCUCAGAGUGCUAUAGAGUCUCAAGACCCAAAGAAAUCCGCGACUUCUGCCAUCCCAGUCUUAGGCGUAGAAAAGGAAACGCACACUACGCAACCUUUGCCGGACAAGGAGCAAGAAAAACAUUUGCGUGGCGAGGGGCGCAACGGAGUCAAAGAUCAUCAGCUGCACGUCUCACGAAUGGAUGGCAAUAAUUCCCCCAAAGUACCUUCCAAGAUGCAGAAGACAAACUCCCCGAAUCCUGCCAAGCGAAGGAAGCUCUCUCCAGGUGCUGAGGACCCCAAAGUCGGCAUAAAGACGUCGAAAAUCGAAUCACAGUCUUCCACCAUGAAAAUGCCCCGGUUGCUCUCUCCUACCCUACCUUCACCCGAGAAGGAGAUCGGCCUACCACAACUUUUGUCGCCUGUCCUCCCUCCAUCACUUACAAAGGCUUUGUCAACACCCCCGAAUACCACGUCACUUGGAAGCCCUGUCAGUGGCGCGAGCAAGCGAUCAGAACCCGUCCGCUUGAUCCUCGCCGGCGCAGACCUCGACAACGAACCUCCAGGCGAUCGAAGUGGACUGGCCCCAGCUGGGAGUAGGGUGCGCUCAGAUAGCCAGCAUUCGGCCCGGAGCAGCGCCCCGGGGACUCCUAAUGCUGCCAAAGGGGCUCUUGGAGCGAAGAUUCUGGCGAAGGGUGGCAUUAGAGGUGGAACACCCCUGCACAAUGGCGUUCGAGCCAGUCCUGGCCCUCGACAAAGGCAUACAAUCAUUCUGAAGUACGGCAAAAAGAACAGGAAGAGGGUCGAAGCGCUUCUCAAAUUCGCGUCACGGCCGAAGAAAGACCUCCUAAAGCAAGAUGCGCCAGGUUCUCACAAUAGCUCUGACAUACCUGCAAUGAAGGAGAUAUCGAAGCAGGUCACCCCAGAAACUCAACCUACUACUGAAACUAAGUCGAGAGCGCCGGUCAUCGAUGAAAUCAAGAUGGAAAAGAAGAGGAAGGCCGAAGACAGUAGUCCUGCACCAUCUCUCAAGAAGAUCAAGGCCGUCGAUAGGGAGACCCGGCCGGUCACACCAGGCCCCUCGGCUGGUAAGACAUCGGCGUCAUCUCAGUCGAAAUCAACAUUUUCCACGCCGAAGAAGGAUCUCAAACCUACUCUGAUGAGACGUGUCGAGUCGUCGGAGGGGGUCGACGCCCCGACUCCUACCGGGGACAAAGUGAGGGUUUCGACACCGCAAGCCAUGCCCAAGCCAUCUCCACAGCCACCAACGGGCUCUGCAUCUUCUCGAGGGGAGGAGCGGCAACAGUGGACCAGCAUCAACUACAAGUUCUUUGCAUUGGGCCGUACUCUCAAGCAUGAAGGAUCGGCUCUUCUACCACCUCCCGAUAAUGAUGCGAAGGCCUCUCAGUCUGCGAAAGCGGUACUGACACUGAUUGAAGCGCUAUUGUGCUUCAUGAUCAACAUAUCCGCGCUGUCCCAUGCCCGUCCAAGUGUCGACCCGGGCUGGAGGUCAAUCAUUUUGUACCACAUCUUCGUGUUCCGUGCAUCGAGGAAGUUUCCACACCUUCACGGACUGGUCGUGCAACUUGGGGCCGUAUGUCGGCAACUUGUACACAAAUAUGACAUGGACAGACUGGCGCGGGAUCCUCUACCUGACGACUACUGCAAUUCUGCUCCCACGCCUGGUAGUGAUGGUAACACCAAGACGAAUGAGGACGGGGAAAAAUACAAGAAACGAUACGUUGAGUUCAGGGAUGAGUUGAUCCAGAACGCCCGUGAACUGCAGACGGCAUGGCUGGAUGGAUCCCGACAACUCUCGCUCGACCUGCUGAAACGCGAGUAUCCCAUUACUUGGUCGAAGCGGGCCAAGGACCCGAGUGCGAGACUGCAAGAGAAAUUGACGCCAUCGAAGAUUCCUGAAGACUUCUACCUGCCAAUGGAUGCAAACACUACCGCUUUUGAGGCAGCCAGAUUCGGCGUGUCUUUUCUCCAGGAAUGGGCGGAGAAGGAAAAGGUUGAUUGGAAGACAAGGAUCGAUCUAUGA